GGCAGAACCUGCUCUCCGAUGCUAGGCUCGUCGGCCGCGUUCUGACAAUAUCGGAACGAAUCCGCUUGCUUGACUUUGUUUCCUUUAGCUGGCUGCCAUUUCGUAUUUCUCACAUAAAUUGAGCUGGGACCCCGGAGAGCCUAGAGCCUACUCUUUACAUGUACCAAUCCAGCCAACAUGGGGACUCUUCGGUCCAGGGCUUUUCUGCGAUGUUUUUAUUGCGGACGGAGAUCAAACAUUCGCUUUGAAUCUCAGAAGUCAUUCCACUGUCUCAACUGUGAUGCGACCAACUGGUUAGACCAGAAUGGUGAUAUCACAGAUCCGCCUGCAGCAGCCGAAAGCCUCGGGCGCAACAAUGUUCAGUUUGCGACGCCGCGAUCAUCAGUCCCUCGCCCACCGUCGAAUCCCACAGCCGCAGGCGUAGAGGCUGAUCCCAUUUUCUGCGCAACUUGCCUUCGAAAUCAACAGAUGUUGAACUCUUCGCUUGCGCAAUUCGAGUGGCCUGAUGACUCUACAGCUGCUGAACAUAGUGCAAGGGAGCGCAAGUAUUGGGCGCUCAGGAAGGAUCUUGAAAAACGGUACCCCCAGGUUUGCGAGAACUGCUUACCCAGAGUCAACCAAAAACUUCAUCAAGCGAGUUACACAGCGCAGACAGAUCAUCUUAGGCGCAUGAUAAAUCGCACACGAUCGCAGCGGACCACCCCAAAGAAGCGAGGUGUAUUGGAUGCUAUCGAUUUCUUGGGCAAGUCAACCUGGCAUGCUGGCUUUGCACUUCAGGCUGCAUGGCAUCUGAUAAUGUUUUUCCUCCACCUCACUGAGCCAUACGCUUCUACGCCACAGGACGAUCACUGGGUACCUGUGACUUUAGGGACGUUUCAUCGGAUGAUUGCCUCAGUGCUACCAUACUCAGAUCGGCUUAUGUGGUGGGCAAUAAGUCUCGGGAUGUGCUCAUUUCCGUGGAACCCACGUUUCAAACAGAGCAUACGAGGCUUCACUUCCCAUAUCCUUGGCUUUAGACAAUGGUAUUCGUACCAAUUGCUAGCCCUGUUCGUGCGACUCGUCGCGUUCUCUAUUGCGCAGUACAGCAAGACCCAAAGGCUACCCUCGUCAGCUCAACUCGGCGCUCAAGUUAUCAUACCUUUAGUCAUGAUUCUAGUUUACUCAGCGGCUAAGAAAUCCAUUCACACGGACACCUCACCCCUCUUUCGCCAACCAGCAAAGCUUGCUGCUGGCUUGCACGUAGCAUCCCAUGAGCAGUCUACGGCAAAUGAGCCUGAUGACCUCGGCACUAUUCUCGAUGAAAUAUCACAUACCACUAGUCCGCCGCAAGCCCCGACGAUGGCAAUUUCGCCGCAGCAGUCAUUAGCAGCUGGCCUGAGGGGGAAUAGGAGCCCACCGAUGCUCACCUCUCACCUGACUAAUGGGAGCAUCCAACACCCCCAGCAGGAGGUCCAUUAUGACGAUGAAAUGGACUGGUCCCCGUCCGCUUCUCAACAUCGCGCAUUCAGCUCUUAUAAUCCUUACAAGAUUAAGAAUACCAACCCGAGGUUCAGCGAUGUACCGACUGAACCAAAACCAGGGCCUAUAUGGUAUAAAGUCCCACCAGCUCCUACCAAUCCAGCUCAGAGAUUGCGAAACCCACCUAUGCGCCCCAUCAUCCGGGAGAGUCCGAAAGAGAAAGAAAAUUUCUUCCAGUCGACAGGACGACAGCUUGACUUUGGGGGCAGAUCUCUUGGAAGCUCUUCCGAGCUGCACAUCGCGCCACCCAGAUUUCACGCUCCUCAGACCCAGGAUGAUCCACGGGACGGUUUAUCGAACAUGUUUGCGAAUUCAUUUAGCAUCAGCCCGAGCCCGAGCCCAGAAGGAAAGAGGAAGCGAAAUACAGGGAAGAGUGGCACAUUAGAUUUCGCCGCUCAAAGCGAUGCUACAGUUCCGAACCGCACCUUGACUCGCGUUAUUGAAUUGGCAGCCCUCCUUGCUGCGUUAUGUCUAUGGAUCUACGCGCUAGGCAACGAGGAACAGUAUGGACAAAGUAUCGCUCUGGUGUCCGUUUGUACCUGUCUUUAUAUUUCGAUACGACUUGCAGCAGACUUAGGGAUUGACCAGCAAAUCCUCGGGCGCACGCGGCCAUCAGCUCUCGUAUCGUUAUUUCCCCGGGUUGCACUAGCUCAGACUAUAGUUGUUAUUCUCUUCAUGUGGCAUAUAUGGUCAGGUAUUUCAACAAGUGUCUCGUCAGGGGUGUAUGGCAACACUCUGUUUGGAGCUAUUAUCCUGCAUCACAUGGUACACAUCUUCACAUAAACCCCCCUUUUUUGUGUUAAACCACUUUGAAGAAUAGCAUGCCAUUCUUGGACAGGUAGAAUGACGAGGCUACCAAAUGGGUUCCUGUAUGGACCUAUACUAUGUUGCGGGGCACGGGCUUUGGCUUAAUUUUCUUGCAUGGUGUUGCAUGGCAUGGAGUUAUGAGAUUUGCAUUGGACUAUGGGGCUGGAUCGCAUGAUACCCGGCAGGGCUUGAAGCAACUGCGUUAGAGACCGCCUUGGUUAGAGUAUUGUAUAUAUCAAGUCAUUAUAGGCGGCCAUGUCAGGAGGUUGAUACUCUAAGUAGACACAAUGAUCGACUGUGCGUUGUCCAGUAUAUCAAAGAGAUUUCUCAUUGGAGUCAAGUACCACAAAUGUCCACCUGUGUCAUUCAUCACAUUGAAACGGACUAUGUGGGCUGGUUAUUGGCAGCCUGUUUCUCGGGAUCCC